AUGAGUGUGACUUCGUGGUUCCUGGUGAGCAGCACUGGCAUUCGCCACCGGCUCCCUCGGGAGAUGAUAUUUGUUGGCAGAGAUGACUGUGAACUAAUGCUCCAGUCCCGCAGUGUGGAUAAGCAGCAUGCUGUAAUCAACUAUGACAAGGACAAAGAUGAGCACAGGGUGAAGGAUCUUGGGAGCUUAAAUGGGACUUUUGUGAACGACGUCCGGAUUCCUGACCAGAAAUACAUCACACUAAAACUGAACGACGUGAUUCGCUUUGGCUACGAUUCUAACAUGUAUGUCUUGGAACAAAUUCAACACAAAGUACCAGAGGAAGCAUUAAAGCACGAAAAGUAUACUAGCCAACUUCAGAUGAGUUUCAAGGGCACCGUGAUGAAAAGGGUGGAGCAGCCGGUGGAACAUGGUGGUUAUACCGAAUCCCCGCAAGCAAAACUGGAGAGAGGAGAGAAGAAAGCAAUUACAGAGACAGCUCCUUAUCGCACACCCCUGUAUGGUCAGCCUUCAUGGUGGGGAGAAGAUGAUGCAAAUAACAAACUAGAAAGGCAGGAGGACAGAAGGCAAGAAGAACAUUAUUCAGAAAGAACGAAGGAGAUAUCCCAGCAUGAAGGGGAGAUCAAUGGUAAUGUUAUUGCUUAUCGAGACUCCCAGGAACAGUCUGUGUAUGCAUUCAGAAGAGAACCUAGUUAUUUUGAAAUCCCAACGAAGGAAUUCCAACAGCCGGCAAAAUCUCCUGAAACACAGGUCCACGAAAUCCCAACGAAGGACAUCGAUGCCGUGGUGCCACCGGUUGUGCAAAGCCAUGCCUCUUUUACCAUUGAAUUUGACGACUGUACCCCUGGUAAAAUAAAGAUAAAAGAUCAUGUAACUAAGUUUUCACUCAGACAGAGAAGACCUUUCAGUAAGGAUGUGGGUCACACAGAGAUGAUGUCAGCGGAGAGCAAGGUGGCUGAUUGGCUGGUUCAGAAUGACCCAAGUUUGAUGAGAAGGCAGUCUCCAGGAGACGAUGUGUACAGUACAAAGAGUGACCUUCCGGUUCAUGUGAGGACACUGAAAGGUAACAGACAUGAAGAUGGGACGCAGAGUGAUUCUGAAGACCCCGUUGCACCCACAGCAGAAAAGGAGACCACCAGCAAUGACCAUGCAGCUGAACAAGCCAGGCUUCAGCGCCAGAUCAGGCGCGACCCCCACGAAAUGCUGCAUAACCAGCAGGCCUUCGUCAUCGAGUUCUUUGAUGAUGACACGCCUCGUAAAAAGAGGUCACAGUCUUUCACGCACAGCGCACACUCCUCCCAGAGCGACACGGAUCCCGUGCCGAAAACCAAGGUGGAAAAGCGCAAAGCUGCCAUGCCUGCUGAGAAGCUUGGUAGCCCAGUGCCACCUCCUCAUCUGGCUGCCCAGGCAGGCAAGCCGGCCAGCAACUCCUCGGGGACACAGAGAUCCAGCUCCUUUAAGAGAGAGAAGACAGAAGAUCGGAUCAGCUCUUCGUCAUUCUCUGCUUCAAGGCCGUCUGCAAAGAACUACGGCAGCAUUGGGAGGAAGUCUAAAAUUGCUCAGGAUUUUGCUGCUGAGUAUCUAAGGGAGAACUCUCAAGCUGGAAAGCUCAGCGCUGAGAAGCCAGCACCUCUGCAGAUGCCAGUGGCUCCCCGGGUAGUAAUAUCGUCUGCACCAGACCCUGCCACCGCACCACCUACCGACCCAAAAUUGGUCAAGGCUAGGAAACACGAUGAGGAGGAUAGUUUAAGUGAAACGGGCACAUACACCAUUGAGACAGAGUCCCAAGAUAAAGAAGUAGAAGAAGCUCGGAAAAUGAUAGAUCAGGUUUUUGGCGUGUUUGAAUCUCCAGAGUUUUCCAGAUUAUCUUCAGCCUACAGACCUGUUAUAAAAGGCGAAAAGGAAGAAUCAAGCUCUCACCAGCAUCUAAUCACUGAAAAUGGCACCAGUCAGAAGACACUUUUGCUCCAGGCAUUCCCUUCAAAACCCACUUGUGGGUCCCAGGCUGAGAUGCAGGUGCCUCCAGCAUCUCAUGGUGGUCAGAAAUGGGUCUCUAGGUGGGCAAGUCUUGCUGACAGCUACACAGACUCAGGGCUUUGUGAUGAAAGUGGCACAGCUCAUAAACCGGGAGAACCAGAGACCAUUGUGCCCUCAAGAACAAGAAGGCUUCUUCCCCAGCUCCCACCGAGUGAUAAAUCUGACAGCCCAACACCCACAGUUUUAAUUUGUCAAGACUCGUAUCCUGAAGUAUCCAAGAGAAACGUUGUAAAGGAACAGGGUAAAGAAACCUGUGCUGAUCCCAGCACCCGAUUGUUCAUCCAAGAGGACUUGGAUCCUGAUAGCCUGAGUGAUGCCAGCAAGUCCGACGACGGCUUUGGUUUGGAAAAAGGAAAGAAAUGCAAAGAAAACAGUAAAAUGCCUGAGCAAGAACGACGAAGCGGGGAAGACUUAAAACCUGAGGUCCGACAGCUGGCAGCGCCAGGGGUUUCAAGUAUCACAGCUGUAAGUGAACCAGUAUCUACGUCCUUCUACAUUGGUGAUGACACUAAUGAAGUUGGGAUUCCCUCCAAGCUUUCUCUAAGCACGUCUCAUUCUCGAGCAGACAAAGAAUGCAAGGAUCAAGAGUUUCCUGUCAAGUCACCCAGUGCAGCUGCUUCUGGAAAGCCAGUGGUCAAAGACGUUAACAGCACUUAUGUUAGCGCAUCGGGGAAAAUGGUUAUUUCCCUUCAUCAGAAUCUUUCUCAAGAGCAAGAAAACAUAGCCACAAAAGAAAUAUCCUCCUUCAUUAGGCAGGAAAGUUUUACCAAAGAUAAAUCAAGCGGCAUUGUUCCUCAGAAUAAACUUCCUCAUAUUUCAAGUCACCCUCUGCUUAAAGAUUUAGAUGUUGCACGAUCAAGUCGUAUGGACUAUAAUCAAGACACUCAUCUUAUCCUUAAAGACACUGAAACUGCUUUGGCAGCACUGGAAGCCAAAAUACUCUGUCAAAACCACCAGCUGGACCUUUCAGAAACUAUUCCCGGGCAGCUAGAAGACUCCUUAUCUGGGGACUCUGAUGUGGACACGGCAAGCACGGUCAGCUUGGUUAGCGGUAAAAACGUCCCAAGCAGCACAUCGAAAUGCCAAGUUCCGAGCAGCUUGCAGAAAGAGAAAUCCUCCUCCACUCCCUCUAUCCAGGACCAGUGCAGCCAGCCCAGCGCUCGCGAAAGGCUGUCAGAAAAACGCAGGAUGCUUCCGCCUGAGGCAGGAAACAGAGGAGAAACCGCCAAACGUUUCCAAAUCAAGCGUAGUGCUGGGGCUCGUGGGUCACUGGAUUUUACGGAUGAUGAAAGAAGCUCUAGUCUUCCUUACUUCCCAGUAACUGAAACGGCCUCCUCUGAUCACGAGCAUUCUGUGUCAAAAUCCGUCCCCAGAAGGAAACCUUUUACUCAGGCUGUGAAAGAGGAGCGCGGCAAAGUGACUGCCAAUGUGCAAAAGAUCCAGCAAGUUCUCACCAGGUCCAACAGUUUAUCGACCCCCAGGCCCACGAGGGCCUCAAAACUCCGUCGCGCCCGGUUGGGAGAUGCAUCAGAUAAUGAAUGUGCCGACACCGAGAAAACAACCUCCAACCUCGAAGCCACAACUGCGUCUUCUAAACAAUCCGCGGAGUCUAAAAAGCUGUCCAGGCUUGACAUCCUUGCCAUGCCAAGGAAACGGGCAGGUUCGUUUACGGUGCCAAGCGACUCUGAAACUACGCAGCCAAGAACUGGGUUUUCGGGACGCAGUGUGGAGUCGUAUUAUGCAAAUCGGAAGCCACCUGUGUCAGAGGCUAGAACUGCAGCUAGAAAAACUGCAUCUGCUGCUACUACAAAGCAACCUUUCAGUAGAACUCGUUCUAGCAGUGUCAGGUAUUCAUCCACCUCCACUUCAAGGCGGAGACAGCAGGGUUCAGAUUACACUUCUACUUCAGAGGAGGAGUAUGGCUCAAAUCACAGCUCCCCUAAACACAAACGCUCCCAUACUUCAACAGCCACACAGACCGCUAGGCCGCACAGUUCUGGGCUGAGCCGCCAGAAGCACAGCGGGAGAGAAACGGACGAUGACGAAGACUACGAUGAACCUGACCCCUUCCACUUCAGCGCACAAACAGCCGAGAUAGCCGAGAUAGCCAGAUUAAGCCAAACCUUGGUGAAAGAUGUAGCCAUCCUUGCUCGAGAGAUUCAUGAUGUCGCAGGCGAUGGGGAUUCCCAGAGUUCGUCAGGAACCGGACCAAGCACCUCCCUCAGUUCCGUACCCAACACCCCUGCUUCUACCAUAUCAGCAAGGGAAGAGUUGGUGCAGCACAUUCCAGAAGCAAGUCUGAACUACCAGAAGGUGCCUCCCGGGUCAACAGGAUUCAAGGAUUUUGAUCAAAAUAUGAAUGACAAUAGAGAAGAGGAUCCCUCGAGAAAAACGAGGGCAAGAAACCGAGAGGAGGUCAUCUUUGACAACCUGAUGUUGAACCCAGUGUCUCAAUUAUCCCAUGCGAUCCGUGAAAAUACAGAAAACCUGGCUGAAAAAAUGAAAAUUGUGUUUCAGAACACUGAAAGGACCUGGGAGGAGAUGGAGGCCAAAAUUAACUCGGAAAACGAAGUGCCAAUUUUAAAGACCUCAAACAAGGAAAUCAGCUCUAUCCUAAAGGAGCUAAGAAGAGUUCAGAAACAGCUGGAAGUUAUAAAUGCUAUCAUUGACCCCAGUGGGAACUUGGAUGUAGUUGCUACUAACAAAGCGUCCUCUGCUGCUACACAGUCUACAACCACUAAAGUCAGGACUGCUAACCAUUCUGGCUCCGCGUUGGAGAUUUUGUCACCAGUACAGAUGCGAAAUUACAUCCAGAAAUCGAACUGUGGAUCUUCUAGCCUACAAGAUGCUAAUUUCAUUCCAGAUGGAGAGAAAUACGUGAUCUGA